AUGAGUCAUUGGACAAAAACUCCUCAGGUCAGAAUACAUCCAACGUAUUACGGAAAUAGCCUGCACUCGGACUGGUCGUUUAAUACUUCGAAAAAUUACAACGAAUCGAACAUCUACAAAUGGAGUAAACCGAUACGAGUUUCCAAUGUAACUUGGCAAGGAGCUGGUGAAAAUGGAACAAAAUUUGUUGCCAGUGCCGAUUUAACGGAAUUAAUGGAUCAGCUUAUCGAGCAAGAAAAUUACAAUCUACUGGCAUCGAACAUGAUUUCCCUCCAUCGAUCAUUACCAGAUUCUAGGUCGGAUGAAUGCAAGAGACUGUCUUAUCCGGAAAAAUUACCAAACACCAGUAUUGUGAUCAUCUUCCACAACGAGGCGUGGACACCUCUAUUGCGUACGGCGUGGAGCGUAGUCGAAAGAUCCCCGCCCGAACUAAUUAACGAAAUUAUUCUCGUUGACGAUGCUAGUACCAUGUCUGACUUGAAACGACCAUUAGAUGAUUAUAUUGAACAGAUACCGGGUCGCAUAAAAUUAAUACGAUUAUCGAAACGCGAGGGGCUCAUUCGGGCUCGUCUAGUCGGAGCAAAACAUGCAUCGGGCAGUGUCCUUACGUUUUUGGAUGGUCAUAUAGAGUGUAAUGAAGGUUGGUUACAGCCUCUAUUGGCACGAAUCGCAAACGAUCGUUCUGUAAUUGCUGUUCCAUACAUGGAUGCUAUUUCAUCUCACGAUAUGAGCUAUCGUAGCGGAAAAAAUGCUAAAAUACAUGGAUUUCGUUGGUCCUUGAUAUUUGAUUGGAUGCCUGUUCCGGAGAGAGAACGGAUUCGAACAAAGUACGAUUAUACCGCUUCAAUACGAACGCCGACAAUGGUUGGAUGUGCCUUUUCCAUUGACCGUGAAUUCUUUUUCGAAAUUGGUUCAUAUGACGAGGGUAUGGAUAUUUGGGGGUCCGAAAAUAUGGAAAUGUCUCUAAGAGUAUGGCAAUGUGGCGGUUCCAUGGAAAUGAUCCCAUGCUCACAUGUUGGCCAUUUAUUCAGAAUAUCAACAUAUUCUUUUGAUGGCGAUCCCCUUCUCAUAAAAGGACGGAAUAAUGUACGAUUAGUAGAAGUUUGGAUGGAAGAUGAUGCGAAGCGUAUGUUUUAUGCUACAAAUAAUUAUUGUCAGAAUGUAUCUGCUGGUGACAUAACUCAGCGAAUUGAACUGAAAAAGCAGUUGAAAUGUAAGGAUUUUCGUUGGUAUUUGGAAAAUGUUUAUCCAGAGAGUAUGCUACGGAAAAAAUUUGUUGACUUUGUUCAGAUUAGGAACGUAAAGGUAAACAAGUGUCUUGAUAUAUAUCCCGGCACUGAACAUACCUCGCUAAAAUUGUACAGUUGCCAUGGGCAUCGUAAAAAUCAACUGCUCUUCCUAACGAACGAUCAAAUGAUCGUUACACGUAGACAAUUUUGUGUUGGUGUGGACGAGAAGCAACAUACUGUACAGCAAAUGUUAUGUAAUUAUGACGAUUCAAACUGGUGGAGAUAUGAAAACGGGACGAAGUGGAUAGUACAUGUACCGAGUGGACAAUGUAUGCAAGCUGCACAUGCACGAGUAGUCUUAGGAAAAUGUGAUACUUCUGAUGAGACAGUUAAAUGGAAUAUCGAAUCUACACCAUGAACAACGAAACAAAUGAAGGAGAACAAAGAAACGGCAAGUCAACUGUU